UGUGGUUGAGCGGAUAACAAUUUAUUUUUUCGUACAAAAUUUUUAAAGUUUCCAAUAAUUAAAUGUGGAUCAGUCGCGAAGAAGUGGUGAACCAAAAAAAAUAUCCUUAAAUUCGACAGUCAUUUCGAAAACUGACCGGCAAAAAAAUUCUAAAUAAAAAAGAGUGGCAAAAAGUAAAACGUUUAAAAGACGAUAAAAUGAACCUUUUUCUUGUACAACUAUUGCAAGUAACAGACGCUGCUUGUUAAUUAACCUAUACAUAUCGAAAUCAAAAGUUGGAAUAUAACCAAUUAUAUGUUUAGUUUAUCCAUCAAACCAUUGUUUUUAUAUUUAUUGUUUCAACGGAAAAAAAAUUAGUGCUUACACGUUAACAAUAUCAGUCUAAUUAGCGAGAAUCAACUCUUUGUAUUCUUCAACAUGUCAUCAUAUUUCUGGUUCUUACUACUACUUACGGUGACAGCAGCAACUAGCGAAUGCCCACAGGAUUGUGUUUGUUCACCGAUCCGCAACCGACAGACACCUUACCACGAUCAUGCAAUAUGCACCACACUAAAUACUAUUAAUGGAACCUAUCCCAAUAUUCAUUCGCUGGACCUGUCUUCGAUCAACAUGGACUCAAUACCGAUCGAACUCAGUUCGCUGCACAAUGUAACACAUCUAGAUCUAUCGAAAAACCAUCUUACCAAACUAACGAAACUGAAUAAUCGAAUUAGAUCGCUGGAUCUAAGUCACAAUCGAUUAACACCUUCGGAAAUUGUAAAAAUUUCGCCGAAAAUUCGAAUUUUAAAUUUAGCCUACAAUCAAAUCACUCGUUUGCCUCUUGAUGUGAUGCACUUCAAGAGCCUGAAAUCGAUAAAUUUGAUUGGAAAUCGAAUUGAUUGUUCCUGUGAAACAUUAACUGUGAGAGACUGGCUGUACCAGAAUAAUGUUUGGAUAGGCAAACAUACACUAUGUGCCAGCCCAUUGGAGGUUAGACACCAGCCAUGGGAUAAAGUUAGUAUAAAGAAAAUGUGUUCAAUUGCUGAACAGAUUAAUGAUGAAAAUAAGAUUGAAUUGCAUCGACGUAGCUCCAGGGAGCUGGAAUUAAGUGAUUUUAUAGCUGAAGAAUUUUUACCUUUUGAAUCGCAUAGUAUUUUAAAAAGACAAGUGCCAAAUGAUGAUAAUUUAAGCAAUAUCGUUGAUGGAUCGGGAAGUGAUGACAUUCCUGAGGAUGUAAAUGAUAUAGUUGAUGUUGGUUCUGGCGAAGGUAGUGGCACAGAUCCGGACAUCGAUAUCGAAGCUAUCGAAAAUAUAUCGCCCGAAGAUUACGAGGAUGAGCCGUACGAGGAGGACGGUUCUGGUAGUGGUUUUGGAUUGUUACCGUUGGACGUAAAUAUUAAGUCAGCCGAAGAAGAAAAUCACACAACUGAGGAACCCGAUGUCGAUGAACCAUUGGGACAGAAACCAAUGGACUUAGAUAUUUUUGAGGGUAUUAAACAGGGUGAUGGAACUACGAUAGGACCUGUAGAAGCAAUAGAACCAAUGGUUCAAAAAGUUAAUCAAGGUGGUGUGGAGAGAGUAGCACCAAUUGCAGUUCAACCGGCAGGAAAUUCUCUGAUCGAGCCAUCUGUUGCAUCUAAUGGUGCUGUGGAAGACGCUAAAAAGGAAGAGGGAAGAAGUACCUACAUUCUGUUAGCUAUCCUUGGUAUACUGUUAGUAUGUCUAAUUGGAUAUGUGAUUGUCAAGCGUCGUAAGAAUAGACGGCGACCGUACGACCACAACGAUGCAGAGAAUAUUCGCGAGAUCGAAAUGCUAGACAUGAAAAAAAAUACGAACGGUCAACACCCCAACGUUGAAAUAGUGCCCCUAAUGCCAAAGAAAGAGCAACCAAAAAUUGAACGGGGAAUGGGCGAUCCAAUUAGGGAAAUAAAUUCCAAUAUUCAGCCAUUACAUGCUACUACCUAUCCCAAAGUUGAUGCUGUUCCCCUCAAACAAAACGAUGUUCCUCACACAACCGAUGCAUUGCCAGAAAACAAUAACAAUUUCACCGAAGUUCAACCGUCACCCACACAAGAUAUUCCAAAAACAGCCGACGAAAUCGAUGAUAAUCCAAACAAUAAACCGACACAAAACGGUCACAACGGUCACCCAUCCGAUGAUGAAGUAUUUUUGCCGGAAGAAGCAACCGUAAAGCGAUACAGUCCAGUAUAUUCGCCGGAAACGGGACGAGUCAAAAUAAAACUAACUGAAACACCGAAACCAAAAACGCCAAUUGUGGUAACGCGAAGUCGAUCGAAUGCUGGAGCGUAUAUUACAACGCCCAAUUUGAAUGUACGCUCAACGUCAGACAACGGUCAGUAAGUGAGUGCGCGGUGCUUUGAUAUAAAAACGUUUACAUCAAAAAAAAACUUUAUUUAUUGAAUUAUCCUCCCUUCAUGUUUAAGAUAAAUUUAGAGUGAGAAUUAAAAUGUAAAUCUUGGAAAUUUAUUGUCAUUAAAAUGUUGUUGAAUUACUUUGAUUUAUGUUAACGUCGUUUGUAAUUUGCAUUUGAAUUUUGAAUGAUGAUGAGACAGUAUAUAAAUGUAAUAAAACCUACACCGGCUAUGUUAUCAGCGGUAAUAAAAGAUUUGUUGUAGA